UGCCAGGGCCCCGAACGGGCGCGCUCGGCCGGGUUUGGGCCGCCUCCUUUCCCGCUGGCCUUUCGCGAGGGAGCGGCCUUUCUGCGCUGCUCGAGUUUUGAACUGCGCGCGCGCUCUCGGAGGCGCGUUUCCCCUUACCUGCCGCUUUUGGCCGCGCGUCCAAUUCUAACUUUAAAACGAUGGGGUUGGAGAGGAGGGCUUGCCGUUUGGGGUUGCGCUGGUGCCUGAGCAGCCCGUCCUCCCAGAUACGUAAGCCUGCCCUGGACACUGACGGGUUUAUCCCUUUGAAAAAAUGGCUAAGGGGACCCUAGUGAACCACCGAAUAAUUAGGUACAGUUCUCAUUCUGUCUGUUUUGCAGCUCACCGUCUUCAGGCAGCGAUGACGAAUUUGAAAAGUUUUUAUUUAGAAUGAGGACUCCCAGAUCUGCUUCAUGUUGCACACCAAGGACAAGAAACAGCAGUUCAAAGGAGAAUUUUUUCAGCUCUCUCAAAGACAAGUAUGGAUCUGCAGCAAAAGAUCCAAGACCUAUCCACACGGCAAAGGCCCCUGGUGUUGCUGGAAGGGCGGCUGCUUGCUCUGCUGGGACUGUUUUCUCUCCACUCAUGUGCGAUGAUGCCGACAGUGACACCGAUUCCAUCUUUGUCCAAGGCCCCCCAGGGAAUCCAUCCCGGCUCAGAGAGGCAGGCCAUCGCCAGAGGGCUUGGAGCUGCCUGCCUCUUGCCUCUUCUCAGAGUGGCUGUGCUGCUUCCUGGGAGAGGCCAGAUUCUUCCCUCCUGGAGGGCAAGGAAAACUCUGGGGAAGGUAUUGCCCAGAGUCAGCAGCGGAGCUCAGGGGAGGUCGUAGUGCUGGACAGCUCAGAUGAGGAGAUGGAUAGUCUUAUUGUUCGCAUGAAGCAAAGGAUGUUCUUUCCUGAAGACAAGUGGGCUGGAGACCAGCAAAGCCCCUGUGAGGAGAGGAACUUCAGGUCUUCUCUUGAAAGCCUCGCUACAGCUGUGAAGGGAGAGGGCAGCCUUCUGUCAGCACCCAGAAUCCCUGCUCCUGGUACGCCGUGGUCUCCUGGGACUUCUGAGAGUCAGGCACUCUCGGAUAUUACUCAGUCACCCUGGAUGCAAAUGAGGAGACCGUGCCAUGUCCAGGGGUGCUUUUUGCAAGAGUUGUCAGACCCAGAAUCCCAACUAGCAAAGCAUUUCCGGAGAAAAAAAGAAGAGCUGGCCCAAAAGCUGUAUUCUUUUUACAACUGUUCCAUCUUUGAGGAAAAGCUGCCAGAGAAAAUGGAGAUUAUCUGGAAUAAGAAGAUGCAGAAGACAGCAGGGUGCUGUGUCACUGGCCAGCUGAAGGAUCCAGGGAGAGGGCGUUAUGCCAAGAUAAUGCUCUCGGAAAAAGUCUGCGAUUCUGCGGAUCGACUUCGGGAUACUCUUAUCCAUGAACUGUGCCAUGCAGCUACAUGGUUGAUCCACGGUGUUCGAGACGGGCAUGGCCGAUUCUGGAAUUUGUAUGCCAAGAAGUCUGCUAUGAUUCAUCCAGAGCUCCCAGUGGUGUCACGGUGCCACAACUAUGAGAUAAAAUACAAGUUCAGUUAUGAAUGCUUACGAUGCAGAAACACAAUCGGACGCCACUCCAAAUCCCUGGACACACAGCGCUUUGUCUGUGCUCUAUGCAAGGGGCAGCUUGUGCUCUGCCAGUCCAAGCUCAAAGAUGGUACGCCAGCUAAAGCGCCACUUGCUCCGUUUGCAAAGUACGUGAAGGAAAACUAUAGUUCCCUGAAGCGCUCGCAGCAGGGCCUGAGCCACGGAGCCAUAAUGAAGAAACUCAGUGCAGACUUUGCCACCCGCCCUUGAUUAUUCUGCUGAAGGACUUGCGUAGCAGCUCCAGCUGUGUUGCUGCAAAAAGGAGCUUUCCGAUGCAGAGGAGGAGGAGGCUGGGCCUGGUGGAAAAUCCUUGUCGUAACAGCCUUUUUUUCCUGUGUGUUUUUAAAUGUUAUUUGUCUGUUUGAGCUCAUUUGCUCCUAGGGCUCUGAAUCAAGCUUGUGUUGUUAAGUGCUAAUAAACUGAUCUG